AUGCCAACAAUCCAAGUCCUUCCUAAUACCUCAACAAGCAGCGGUGCGAACUGGACUUACUCGAAUCUACCCCCAGCCCUAGCCCAUACAAACUCUCUGCCUAGCAACACGCCUAGGGCACCGCGUGCUAAACGCACGAACAACAUAGAAAACAGCGCUGCCAGGCAAAGGCAGAUAAACAGUCGGAUCCUCGAUCUCGAGAGGGACAACUAUAGAGAUGCUACGAUAGUCGUUGGAAGGAGCGGUGUAACGGGGAGGUCUUCCUCCCGGAAUAAGUCACAGAACGUCCGUCGAAUAUUGGCCUCUCAAAAGACAUUUGCGAACCAUCUUGCCGAUGAAGAAGCUCUCCAUCCUACCCCUUCUGCAGUGCAUCGACAACGCGUGGAAGAGGAAGACGGAAUGGAUUUUGACGGGGCUUUGAAGGAAGGCCUUAUCAACACUCAGGACCCUGGACAACCGCUUGGAUAUGCCGCCUCCGCCUCCAGACCAUCAGCAAGGCCAAAGAGGGUGUUCUGCGAGAUUUGCGGCUAUUGGGGCAAAUACAAGUGUCAGAAAUGUUCGGCCAGGUAUUGCGGGCUUCAGUGUGGGGGGAUCCAUUCUGAGACUAAAUGUAAUAAGUUUUAUGCUUGAAUUGGAGUCUCUGCGUGGGGCUUUGUAGGGCUUGUUCUGUAUCUGUAAGGGUAAUGGUGUUGUCGGUUUGUUUUGUGCGAUUUGUCUGGAAAAGCAAUUACUGCGAGAGUGGCAUGAGAAAUUCCAUGCUCGAGGUCAUCGGGGGAGCCAUUGGUGGGUCGGGAAUGAUGGCCUGUCAACGUGGGAGUUACCACUAAUUACACGGCUAGCCAUGGAAAAUAUUCAAUUGGGUUGGAUGGCGGGUGGUAAUGGGUGAUAGGGUUGGAAUAGGUGGAGAGGGUUGGAAUUUAUUCUCUGCUCGCACCCUACCGUACAGUACUCGAGCACUUCCCGGGAAUAAAACAGGGCGAGGGUAGUAUUAGAAUGCGGAGUUGGCAGCAAGGCAGUGGGCGAGUAAGUGAGCUGUGCCUGGCAGGUGGUAGGCAAUGCCAUAUCAUACAAGUAUGAUAUGAUACUCCAGACUCUUGGGCAGGGCGAAAGGGAAGGAAGUUGCUCGAGUACGGUACCGUACCCUACAGCGCCAUGGUCGAUGAGGCUGGAGGGACCAAUGACCCUUGUCC